AUGCCAUGCCCGAUGCCGCACUGCAAUGUGUGCGAUCACAGUGAUAAAGCCUGCGAAAGCUGCAAGAAGGACUUCGGCAUCACACCAUCUGGACACUGUGCUAUUUGCGGACCAGGGUGCAUCGAGUGCGCCGUGGCGAACAUCUGCGACAAGUGCGGCGAUGGCUUCGUGCUGGUGAACGGCGCUUGCCACGCCUGCGGCGACAAAUGCCACACCUGCGCUGCAUCUGGAGCUGGAUCCUGUGACAAAGGCGAGUGCGAACAGGGGUGGACAGCAAUUUCUUUGCCAACGAAGGGCUCGGACAAGGAGUCCUACGCUUGCCGACCCUGCUCAGACCCGGGCUGCUCGACCUGCGACAUUCAGGGCCCCGGUGGCUGCGACGAUGCGGAAAUGUUCGGCCCAUUCCUGCCAGAUGGAGGGCCGGGCCACAUUCCGCCAUGA